AUUUAACAGAUUGUAACCAUAACUUUCUCCGACGCUUCCACGAAUAAACGCUGUAUAUUUAUUUUUUUCCUCCUCUUUUCCCAGAUGCUGACGCUGUGUGUGAUAAUACGUUAAGAGCGCUCGAAGAGAGACGUCCGGCGAGUUGCGGCAGCAAAUGUUGACCCUGAGUGAAGACAAGCCCCGCCUCCUCGUGUGCAAACUGAUGCCAUGCUCCACAAAAUGCACGUUGCGUUUCUGCAACGCUCUACGCCGUCUCCUCCCUCCUCCACCCCACGCUCCUCCCAUCACCGCCACCUUCCCGACAGUAGCUCAUCCCACACUCUCACUUUGCGUAACCACACCAGGCAGCAAGAUGAGGGGCCGGGCGGUGCUCCUGGCUCUUCAUCACUGACGCCGAGCUCGCUCGCUGGCACACACACACACGCACAGAGCGGAGGCGAGCAUGGGGAUGCAGCCGCGAGACAGAGUUGCGUCCGAUUACCUGUCAGAUGUCCGAUGUCCGUCGCGACAUUGGCUGUCACGCGGUCGGUCCUUCGAAGAACAAAGCGCUUGGAAGCCCACGCAUCGCCGAUGGGUUUGUGACGGUCACGUGAUGCUGAGGCAUGAAGACCAGACGUUCCUCCAGGAGCAGCGGAGAAGGUGCGCGCCAAGCAGGGUUCAUCUUCUGCGGCGCACCAUCAGCGUGCCAGCAGAGACGCUCUUCCCUGAGCUGCGCAGUCAGCCGUCCACUGAGAGCGAGUCGCCUCCAGAGAGGACCGGGCGCCGACGCAGCAUGCCGGGCAGCCCGACGGACAAGAACCCGCCCGGCAUGGAAGCCACGUCCGCCGGUGGUGGCGCCGCCACGCCUUUCCGAGUCACCGGCUUCCUGAGCCGGCGUCUGAAGGGCUCGAUAAAGCGCACCAAGAGUCAGCCCAAACUGGACCGUAACUCCAGCUUCAGGCACAUCCUCCCUGGCUUCAGGAGCGUGGACAAUGACAGAUCUCAUCUGAUGCCAAGGCUGAAGGAGUCUCGCUCCCAUGAGUCACUGCUCAGUCCCAGCAGCGCUGUGGAAGCCCUGGACCUAAGCAUGGAGGACGAGGUCAUCAUCAAGCCCGUGCACAGCAGCAUCCUCGGGCAGGACUUCUGCUUUGAGGUGACGACCUCCUCGGGAAGCAAGUGCUUUUCCUGCCGCUCGUCGGCCGAGAGAGACAAAUGGAUGGAGAAUCUGAGGAGGGCGGUUCAGCCAAACAAGGACAACAGCCGGCGAGUGGAGAACAUGCUGCGUCUGUGGAUCAUCGAGGCCAAGGACCUCCCCGCCAAGAAGAAGUACUUCUGCGAGCUGUGCCUGGACGACUCGCUGUACGCCCGCACCACCUGCAAGCUCAAGACGGACAACGUCUUCUGGGGGGAGCACUUUGACUUCAACAACCUGCCGGCGGUGCGCAGCGUCACCGCCCACCUCUACAAGGACACGGACAAGAAGAAGAAGAAGGACAAGAACAACUACAUCGGGCUGGUCAACAUCCCGGUGGCGGCGGUCACCGGGCGGCAGCUCGUGGAGAAGUGGUACCCGGUGAGCACGCCCAACCCGCCCAAGGGGAAGACGUCGGGGCCGAUGAUCCGCAUCAAGGCCCGCUACCAGAGCAUGAGCAUCCUGCCCAUGGAGAUGUACAAGGAGUUUGCAGAGUACACCACCAACAACUACAUGCUCCUGUGCUCCGUGCUGGAGCCUGGGAUUAGCGUCAAGAACAAAGAGGAGAUGGCGUGCGCGCUGGUGCACAUUCUGCAGAGCACCGGCAAGGCCAAGGACUUCCUCACGGACCUGAUGAUGUCGGAGGUGGACCGCUGUGGGGAGAACGAGCAUCUGAUCUUUCGGGAGAACACGUUAGCCACCAAGGCCAUCGAGGAGUACCUGAAGCUGGUGGGCCAGAAGUACCUGCAGGAUGCUCUCGGGGAGUUCAUCAAGGCUCUGUACGAGUCUGACGAAAAUUGCGAGGUGGAUCCUUCCAAGUGUUCCUCAGGAGAUCUUCCGGAGCACCAGAGCAACCUGAAGAUGUGCUGCGAGUUGGCCUUCUGCAAAAUCAUCAACUCCUACUGCGUGUUCCCGCGAGAGCUGAAGGAGGUGUUUGCAUCAUGGCGGCAGGAGUGCGGCAACCGGGGUCGCCCGGACAUCAGCGAGCGCUUGAUCAGCGCCUCCCUCUUCCUGCGCUUCCUGUGUCCCGCCGUCAUGUCGCCCUCGCUCUUCAACCUGAUGCAGGAGUACCCCGACGACCGCACGGCGCGGACGCUGACGCUCAUCGCCAAGGUCACGCAGAACCUGGCCAACUUCACCAAGUUCGGGAACAAGGAAGAGUACAUGUCCUUCAUGAACCAGUUCCUGGAGCACGAGUGGACCAACAUGCAACGCUUCCUGCUGGAGAUCUCCAACCCGGAGACCAUCUCCAACACGGCAGGCUUUGAGGGCUACAUCGACCUGGGCCGGGAACUGUCCACCCUGCACUCGCUCCUCUCAGAGAUGCUGUCCCAGAUGGACCAGAGUUCCACCUCCAAGCUGGGACCUCUGCCGAGGAUCCUGCGAGAGGUGACCACGGCGCUGACCAACCCCGCCGCCGCCACCACCGCCGUCCAGACCACGGCCGGGCAGCCACCGGAGCAGGGGGGCUCGUCGCCCCCCGGCGAGGCCAGCUGCAGCAUCUCCAGCGGGCUGCAGAAGAUGGUCAUCGACAACGACCUCACGGGGUUGGUGGACUUCACCCGGCUGCCGUCUCCCACCCCAGAAAACAAAGACUUAUUUUUUGUGACGAGGACCUCAGGCAUCCAGCCUUCGCCGGCGCGCAGCUCAAGCUACUCGGAGACCAACGAGCCGGAUGUGGGCGUGGCCAACGGGAGCAAGAGUCUGUCCAUGGUGGACCUGCAAGACCCGCGCAGUAUGGACGGCGGUCCAGGUCCCGGCAGCCCCGACACCCUGGCUGAGGUCCCGGCCUCUGUGGGAGGCUGGCCCUCCGCCAGGGUCCCUCAGUGCGUUAUCCCGGGCGGUCCGACCAUGAGGAGGCCUGGUGUGAUGGUAGCGACCACCCCGAACACGGACGGCGCCCCUGGUCGACCUGCCCAGCUUCUGGCGCCCCUGUCCUUCCAGAACCCGGUCUACCAGAUGGCCACCUGCCUGCCCGUGUCCCCGCGGGGGAUGACCGAUUCCGGCUCGGAGUGCCACAGCUCGGUCAGUUCUCACAGCAACAACGAGGACGGGAAGCACUCUUUCUUGAACCACGGCGGCGGGAGUAGCAGCGACGAGUACACCCGGCGCUCGGGCGAGUUCACCCGCCGGCAGCUCUCCCUCACCGAGGCGCAGCACCAGCCCGCCGUGCCCCGGCAGAACAGCGCCGGCCCCCAGCGGAGGAUAGACCAGCCUCCUCCGCAGAGCGUCACGCGGGGUCGCACGCCUCCCAACCUGCUCGGCGGCGGCGGCGGCGCCUACCCCAGGCCGGGCUCCGGCGGCAUGAUGACCUCGUCCCCGGACUGGCCCGUCGGCGGCGCUCGGUUGCGGCAGCAGUCGUCGUCGUCCAAAGGCGACAGUCCCGAGACCAAGCAUAGGGCUCAGCACAAACAGGCCCCUUCCCCAGUGAACCCCAUUGCACUGGACCGCACAGCAGCCUGGCUAUUGAAUAUGAAUAUGCAGUAUUUAGACCAUGAGGGGAUGGAGCAGCACUCACUGAGACUCAGAGGAGAUGUGACACAUGUGCAGAAGUACCAGCAGGAGAUCGCUCUGCUGCAGGAGAAGCUGCGGGCGUCGGUGCAGAAGCUGGAGGAGUACGAGGCCCGUCUCAAAGGUCAGGACGAGCAGGCCCAGAAGGUGCUGAUGGAGUACCAGGCCAGGCUGGAGGAGUCGGAGGAGCGACUGCGCCGGCAGCAGGAUGACAAGGACCUCCAGAUGAAAGGGAUCAUCAGCAGGUUGAUGUCGGUGGAGGAGGAGCUGAAGAAAGACCACUCGGACAUGCAGGCCGUGGUGGACUCCAAGCAGAAUAUCAUCGACGCACAGGAGAAGCGCAUCGCCUCGCUGGACGACGCCAACGCCCGCCUGAUGAGCGCCCUGACCCAGCUGAAGGAGCGCUACAGCACGCAGUCGCGUAACGGCAUCUCCCCCACCAACCCCAGCAAACUGCAGAUCACCGAGAACGGAGAGUUCCGGAACAGCAGCAACUGCUAGAGACUCCAAGGAACGGAAAGAAAAAAAAAACAUGUUCUUACGGAGAGGACAGCGAGGAUGCGGGGCGGAGCUUGUACAUAGGAAAUAUCCAGUUUCCAUUGGGACGUAUGCUGACGCUGUGACGGCGGUUGGAGCCGCCUGGGAUCGACCACUACACACACACACACACGCCCACACCCGGAGAACCAGUGCUCCUUCUUCAAGUUGAUGUUUAUAGACAACCAAAUAGGAACUACAAAUCCUGAGAUUUAUAGUUCCCCCCUUCCCUCCCCCCCAUGUGGUGCACUUUGUGACAGCUAUUGGUACAUGAAAGGCCUUAAGCUCGGAUGUUCCUUGCAAAGAGUCAAGUGGGGGGAAAAGGCACAAUUGUAUACUGUGGAUGUGUAAAGAAUAGAGCUUGUACAAAGUUAUUAUGGAAGUACAUGAGAUCUAUGUGAUGAUGCUAUAUUGAAUAUAGAUGUAUGCAUUUCCUUUCUGCGUCUAGACUAUACACACACACACAUAUAUAUAUAUAUACUUAUAUUUGAUAAUUUCAAAUAUACGAGCAGACUUGUUUUUAGGAGUUGUAUUUUUCUUCUUAAAGGGGUACUACACUUUUUCUUAUUAUUCACAAUCCUGAGAGACAUGACGAGAGAUUUUUUUUUUUUUUUUUUUUUAACACAUUCUAUUAGAGAUGUUUGAUAAUACCGGACUGCCGAUAUCAUCGGCCGAUAAAUGCUUUAAAAUGUGAUAUCGGAAAUUAUCGGUAUCGGUUUCACAAAGUAAAAUGCAUGACUUUUUAAAACGCCGCUGGUACACGGAUGUAGGGAGAAGUACAGAGCGCCAAUAAACCUUAAAGGCACAUAAUAUCUACGGCUUUUCACACACACAAGUGAAUGCAACUCAUAUUUUGGUCAACAGCCAUACAGGUCACACUGAGGGUGGCCGUAUAAACAACGUUAACACUGUUACAAAUAUGCGCCACACUGUGAACCCACACCAAACAAGAAUGACAAACACAUUUCGGGAGAACAUCUGCACCGUAACACAACAGAACAAAUACCCAGAAGCCCUUGCAGCACUAACUCUUCCCGGACGCUACAAUAUACACCCCCCGCUACCUCAACCCCGCCCCCCCCCUCCAAUCCCGCCCACCUCAACCUCCUCAAAUUCCAAGCUGCUGUUUUGAGGCAUGUUAAAAAAAAAAAAAGCACUUUGGUGACUUCAAUAAGAAAUAUGGCAGUGCCAUGUUGGCAUUUUUUUUUUCCAUAACUUGAGUUGAUUUAUUUUGGAAAACCUUGUUACAUUGUUUAAUGCAUCACAACAAAAUUAGGCAUAAUAAUGUGUUAAUUUCACGACUGUAUAUAUCGGUAUCGGUUGAUAUCGGAAUCGGUAAUUAAGAGUUGGACAAUAUCGGAAUAUCGGCAAAAAAGCCAUUAUCGGACAUCUCUAUAUUAAAUACAUUUUGUCAAAAGAUCGCUUACAAUAGACUACAUCAAUUCUGCCUAUAAAGCCCCUAAAAAAACAUCCAAAGACCUCCAUUGAGGUUUUAUAUACAUGAUGUAAAUAUAUAUGUAAUGUAACAGCCACAUUAAUAUUUACAUAUUUGGCGCAUUAAUCUUAAAAACUCAUCACAUUGCUUUUUGUUUUGUUCUUCAUCACUGAUUUCUGCUCACUGCAGACUUUACGAGAGCCAACAAAUAUAAUAAAACAUUACCUACUGUACAAGGUCUGCUGUCAUUAGGAUGCCGACUGCCAGGAUGUUGAUAUAUUCCCUUUCAGAUGAAAAAUUACUCAUAAUUUGCACGAAGAAACGGGGUGCAGGGGCAACAAGUGCUUUCCGUGUCGUACUCGCCAGUUUAAAAUUAUCGGAUUAUAUUCUCAGCCAUCUACUGACCAGGUGUGAGGCCUGAUGUAUGAUCUAGAAUAAACCUACAGGGAGCAGGGAAGCGAGGAAACAGCAUCUGAGCCGAGGAUGUUGUUGUGGCUUGUGCAGCCCUUUGAGACACUCGUGAUUUAGGGCUAUAUAAGUAAACAUUGAUCGAUUGAGUGAUGUAAACAUCGGGACAUGAUCACGGCGCCGUUAUAGAGUGUGUUAGCGUUUGUAAUAACAAUAUCACUAAUACUUGGUUAAACUUCAAGGCACAAAAUGUAAAUGGAGUAUUAUUGGCGCUUUUUAUCGGAUUUCAUCGGCUCCUCUGUUAGCAGACUAGUAUUUAUGCUUAUUUAUUAUUUAGAAUGCAUUGAAAACAAAUCAUGUCUCUCAUAAUGAUUGUGAACGAUAGGCAAAAUUCCAAAGAAAAGUGCAGUUCCCUUUUAAAAAGGAUGACUGACGUAGUGACGAGAAGGUAAACCGGAAGCACCGGUGCCGCUUCCUUCAGAAUCGGAUUCUAGUUGAUGGAUCGAUUCUUUGUUGAAUCUCAGUCAUGUUUUUUUGGCGGGAGUAGCUUGAGACACGUUGUACACUGGACCGGAAUCAACUUUGGUUACCGUUUCUCUACCCGCUUGCUUUGGUCCUGACUUUAGAAGCAGAAUCCUUCUUCUAGGGUUAUACAAUCCUAACCUACCCUCAAACACUAAGGCCCAAUACUUCCAAGUGACCUCGCAGAUCUUCCUACAUAUCGAGUGCCAGGAGAAACAUGGCAGACCAGAGAAGCGUACACACGUUAGUAAUUUUUACAGUAACACCAAAUGGUUAGCUUGGUUGGAAUGACGAUGUUUCAAAAAUAACAUUUCACAUACCGUAAGAUGAUUCGCUAACAUUUGCUUACUUCGCAGAAAAUGUCUUCUCAACAGUCUUCUUCUGAAUAAAGACAGGUGAAAGAGAAAGACGAUCAACAAACAUUUGUCUCUGUCGGCAAACGGCGAAGGUUUGACAACGUAGCUAGACUCGUACGGAUUUCUUGGGGCGUAUUUUCAACACAAAGGACCAAGAGAGAGUAUUCGGAUCGGGCCUAAAUCCUACCCCAAAAACCCGAACUUAUCACUUACACUCCCAACCCUUAAACUCAACCCGUACUGGGAAGUCGGAACAUCCGAGUUACUCGUGGGAAAUUUUAACUGGAACGCCCCUCCAGGUCGGAGUUACAAAGACGGAACAACGUAAACAAACAUUUGUCGGCAAACGGCGAAGGUUUGACGAGGUAACAAGACUCGGACACAUUUCUUGGGGCGUAUUUUCAACACAAAGGACUAAGAGGGAGUAUUCGGAUCGGGCCUAAAGUCUUGAAUCCUACCCCAAAAACCCGAACUUAUCACUUACACUCCCAACCCUUAAACUCAACCCGUACUGGGAAGUCGGAACAUCCGAGUUCCUCGUGGGAAGUUUUAAUUGGAACGCCCCUCCAGGUCGGAGUUACAAAGACGGAACAACGUAAACAAACAUUUGUCGGCAAACGGCGAAGGUUUGACGACGUAGCUAGACUUGUACGGAUUUCUUGGGACGUAUUUUCAACACAAAGGACCAAGAGGGAGUAUUCGGAUCGGGCCUAAAGUCUUGAAUCCUACCCCAAAAACCCGAACUUAUCACUUACAAUCCCAACCCUUAAACUCAACCCGUACUGGGAAGUCGGAACAUCAGAGUUCCUCGUGGGAAGUUUUAACUGGAACGUCCCUCCAGGUCGGAGUUACAAAGACGGAACAACAUAAACAAACAUUUGUCGCCGUCAGCAAACGGCGAAGGUUUGACGAGGUAGCGAGACUCGUACGAAUUUCUUGGGGUGUAUUUUCAACACAAAGGACCAAGAGGGAGUAUUCGGAUCGGGCCUAAAGUCUUGAAUCCUACCCCAAAAACCCGAACUUAUCACUUACACUCCCAACCCUUAAACUCAACCCGUACUGGGAAGUCGGAAGAUCCGAGUUCCUCGUGGGAAAUUUUAACUGGAACGCCCCUCCAGGUCGGAGUUACAAAGACGGAAAAACGUAAACAAACAUUUGUCGCCGUCAGUAAACGGCAAAGGUUUGACGAGGUAGCGAGACUCGUACGAAUUUCUUGGGGCGUAUUUUC